AUAGCGCGACCGUGCCUCGCCGAAGCGCAGAUGGCGUGACUGCAGUGGUAUCUGACUGAAAUCAGAAGAUGAGUGACCGUGGGGAUGAAGAGGAGAGGCGAGCAUCGCGUGCAGCAAAGUAUAAAGAGUGUGAUGAUGCAAGGGGAAGAACACAAGAACACUCUGAACCCUACGCUGGAGCCACGUUGGGAGCUUUAAACCUGCCCAAAUGGCCAUCUCAUGGUGAACUCUCAGAGACUCAGUAUGAACACCUGGCAUCAGAACUGAAGUCAAACCCUGAGCUGAAAGAACUGGAUCUGAGGAGAAACACUCUGAACGAGUCAGGAGUGGAGCUGCUGUGUGCUGCACUGGAAAGCCCAAACUGCAGACUGCAGACCCUGAGACUGAGGGGCAGCAUCGUGUCUGAAAGAUGUUGUGCUUCACUGGCCUCAGCUCUUAAAUCGGACCCGUCUUAUCUAAGAGAACUUGACUUGAGUGAAAUCAAGAACCUGACGGAUUCAGGAGUGAAGCUGUUGGCUACAGGACUGGGGAGUCCACACUGCAGACUAAGGACUUUGAGACUGGCUGACUGUAAGUUAUCAGAGAGCAGUUGUGGUUCUCUGCUCUCAGCUCUUCAGUCCAACCCGUCCUAUCUGGAAGAGUUGGACCUGAGUGGAAACAGUGUGGAGGACUCAGGAGUGGAGCUGCUGUGUGUCCUGCUGAAGAAUCCACUGUGUUUUCUAAACACUCUGAGACUGUGCUCCUGUGGCUUAACAAAGAACAGUUGUAAUUCUCUGGCCUCAGCUCUGAAGUCCAGACCUUUUUUUCUUCAAGAACUAGACCUGAGUCAAAAUCAGCUACAAGAUAUUGGGAUCAUGUUGCUCUCUGAUAGAUUGAAGAGUGACUGAAGUACAUCAUUUAGUUUAAGUAUUUUUGUGUUCAAAGUGUCGUCUCCCUGCAGGUUGAGAUCUUGUCUGCUCUCAGACUCUGGCUGUAUCGCUCUGGUCUCAGCUCUGGAGUCUCAGCUCCCUCAUCUCAUGGAGGUGGACCUCAGUGGAAAUGAGCUGCAGGAGAGAGGAAAGAGAGACCUGCUUGGACUUGU